AUGGAGAACCUCAAAAAACCAAACACACUUGAUAAAAUGGACAAAACAAACGCAUCGGAAAACAGCAACAAUGGAGAAUAUGGAAAACUUAAAUACAAAUAUGGCAUUAGGAACACCCUAGAGAAAGCGGGGUCGUCUACUUCUACUGAAAAGGCCCUUGCAUAUACCGGCAAGAACGUAGCUGUAGCUACCAACAAGACCUUACCUGACUACAAGCGAAAGCGAUCAUCUUAUGAAUAUGAUGACCAUCAUAAUAGAAAAUUGUCUCGAACCUCAACAUCACCACUCGAUAUCCAUCAUGUAAUUGGGAAAGUAUGGAAAACCACCCAUUUCUGGAUCGAAAUACGUACUCGAUGUCAAGGGAGACGGUAA